AGUUCUUAUUGUUUUUGUUUGCUUGCAUUCCAUACUUUCUAGCCAGUGUACGAUAUCCGGACCCUAUACUAUGCCAUUCUGGGAUGGUCCUAAUCCAUUUGGCAAAAAAAAGCCUCCUGUGACUCUGAAAUUGAACAAGCGCCGUCAUAAAUAUGACUCCGUUCAAGCACACUUGAAGAACAUGCUUAAGGGAGAGCUGCUCCGAGUUGGAGACGAUGCAAACAUGCGUGAAGCGGUGCAAUUGAAGGAAGGCGUUGUCUUAGAAGAAUGGCUUUCUAUGAAUGUCAUAGAAGCGCACAACACUCUUCUUCUUAUAUAUGGGUUCAUCUGUGAAGAUUGUACGAAGGAGACAUGCCCGAUAAUGAACGCCGGAAACAAAUACCACUACCUUUGGCCAAAUGAGAAGGAGGGUAAGGCGGAGUCCUUGAGCGCCCCAGUCUACAUCGAAAAGCUUUUCGGUUGGGUCGCAUCACAAAUAGACGAUGAAUCUGUCUUCGCGACAAAUGGUGUCUAUUCAAAGGCGUUUAUCCCAACGGUGAAAAAAAUUGUCUCAAGAAUGUUUCGCGUUUACGCUCAUAUAUAUUAUGAACAUUUGGAUGCCAUUAGGUCCAAUAACGCAAGGCAGCAUUUGGAUAAAUGUUUCAGGCUUUUUUACUACUUUGUCGACACGUUCAAGCUCAUAUCAGAAAAGGAACUCGUUCCACUUCAGCCGCUCAUAGAUCAGCUAAGCUGA